AAGAAAUACAAUUCCCAAAUUAACCAACUGAUUAGGGCAGAAGAAGAAGAAGAAGAAGAAGAGAAUCCAUGGCGGACAGAAUCGAAGAGAAGCCAUGGCGAGUUCUCGAGUUCUACAGUGGAAUCGGUGGAAUGAGAUACUCUUUAGUGGCGUCGGGGGUGGUGGCAGAAGUAGUUGAAGCGUUUGAGAUCAAUGAUGUUGCCAAUGAUGUUUAUCAGCACAACUUCGGUCAUCGUCCCCAUCAGGGGAAUAUUCAGAGCCUCACUGCUGCAGACCUAGAUAGGUAUAAUGCUGAUGCUUGGCUUCUUUCUCCUCCUUGCCAACCUUAUACUAGACAAGGCCUUCAGAAACACUCUGGUGAUGCUCGGGCUUCUUCGUUUCUUAAGAUUCUUGAGCUUAUACCUCAUACUUCUAGGCCCCCUAGAAUGUUGUUUGUUGAGAACGUUGUUGGGUUUGAGACUUCGGAUACCCAUAUGGAAAUGAUUGAUACGUUAACAAAAUCAGAUUAUGUCACACAGGAGUUUAUUUUGAGUCCGUUGCAGUUUGGUGUGCCGUAUUCAAGACCACGUUACUUUUGCCUGGCCAAAAGAAAGCCUCUGUCCUUUCAGUCUCAGCACAAUAACAACAAGCUACUCUGGUCUCCAGGCCCGUUAUAUGGGCGUGAUGAUCAGGUGGAGUUUGAUAAAUGUCAAGCAGAAGAGGGAUCGGAACAUUUACUUCAGUCUUGCGAACCAGUAGAGAAGUUUCUCGACUCAACAGCACAAGUAAACGGCGAGCCAAGUGGGUUUGAUGAGUCCGAGAAUGGAUCCAGAGAUUGUGAUGGACAGGAAGAAGAUGAUACUGUCUCAGACUCUGCACAUCAAUAUCUAGUACCAUUAAGUUUGAUUGAGAGAUGGGGAAACGCAAUGGACAUUGUAUACCCUGAUUCAAAGAGAUGCUGUUGUUUCACAAAGAGUUAUUACCGAUACGUGAAGGGCACUGGUUCCCUCUUGGCAACUGUCCAGCCAAAAGUCAAGGGGAAGGAAUCUUGUUUGAAACAGCAACGGCUUAGAUACUUCACCCCUAGAGAGGUAGCUAACUUUCACUCAUUCCCUGAAGACUUUGAGUUCCCAAAGCAGAUAAGCCUUCGACAGAGAUAUGCAAUGCUUGGGAACAGUUUAAGUGUAGCAGUGGUGGCUCCUCUGCUUCGGUAUCUAUUCGGUUCUUCUCCUGUCUCGACUACGGAAUAAGAAGCAGAAAGUGACUCGAGACCAAUGAUGGUCUGGCCAUAACCAUGCAUCCGUUUUGUAUUACAUGCACGAUUUAUAUACCAAAUAAUUUUUUUUGCUGAAUCGAAUUUUGUUACCUCAGUGACAGUGUGUACUCUGAUGUAGUAGUGAUGUAGAGACAAGACGGAUGAGCUUAAGUUUCGUUCGAGGACAUUGUUUUUUUUUUCCAA